AUGACGAUAGCUAAGGGACGAGCGUAUAUGGCAUGGUUGCAGGAGGUAGAGCACCUAUGUAUGGCAUGGCUAUUGCAACACACGAUUAUUGAAGGUGGAGCACACGGGCAACACGGUUGCUGCAACAUAGAGCGUGCAUUGGGUCGGGUGGUGAUUGACGCGAUCGUCGCUAGCAUGGAUUUGAGGUCGGACAACGACUAG